UCGUAACGGCGUAACGCUCUCGACAUGUAUGGAAAUACAAGUUAAUAUACCAGAUCAUGCAAUCUGUACAGCAAGAAAAUUGAUUAUUAAAACUAUAUUUGAUGGUAUUACAUUUUCAGAAAUAAAAGAUGAUUUUGAUAUUAGUAAAACAAGAUUUUACAAUUAUCAAAAAGUGGAACAAGAAGAUGUUGAAAAGCAUUUUUUAUAG